GGUCACGCCACUCCUGAUACUCCGCCCGGUAGUAGGACCCCAGCCUGUGCCAUGGGCAUCGCCUCGUCGCUUGUGAGCCACGCGGGCGGGGAGGUGAUCGAGGACACGUACGGGGCGGGCGGCGGCGAGGCCUGUGAGAUCUCAGUGGGGGUGAAGCCCAAGGCCCAGCUGCUGUGUAGCUCGUUCCGCCGGGGCGCGGGAGCGGCGGCGGCGGGGGCCGGGCCCGCACUGUCCCGCGGGGCGGAUGGCGGCGGGCUUCUGGGGGCUAGCUUCAAGUCUACCGGCUCGUCGGUGCCCGAGCUGGAGUACGCGGCGGCCGAGUAUGAUCGCCUGAAGGAGUACGAGAUCUUCCGGGUCAGCAAGAACCAAGAGUUACUGUCCAUGGGCCUCCGCGAGGCCAAGCUGGACACGGAAAAGCGGCUGCGGGCGGAGCUGCAGGCACUUCAAAAAAUUUACCAGAAGAUGCUUCGGGAAAAGGAAAGUGCUUUAGAAGCAAAAUACCAAGCAAUGGAGAGAGCAGCUACAUUUGAACAUGGCAGAGAUAAAGUCAAAAGGCAGUUGAAGAUCUUUAGGGAGACCAAGGAAAAUGAAAUUCAGGAUUUAUUGAGGGCUAAGCAAGAGUUGGAGAGCAAACUUCAGAGGCUACGGGCUCAGGGGAUCCCAGUGUUUGAUCCUGGGGAGUCUGACUCAGAUGACAACUGUACAGAUGUUACUGCUGCCGGAACCCCGUGUGAAUAUUGGACUGGUGGAGCCUUGGAAAACGAGCCUUCCAUAGGGAGUAUGAUCCAGCUUCAGCAGUCCUUCAGAGGCCCUGAGCUCGCCCACAGUUCUAUAGAUGUAGAAGGACCCUUUGCAAAUGUCAACAGAAAUGACUGGGAUAUUGCCGUAGCUAGUUUAUUACAAGUUACUCCCUUGUUUUCACAUCUCUGGAGUAACACUGUCAGAUGUUACCUCAUUUAUAUAGAUGAAACCCAGCCCAAAAUGGAUCUUUUCCUUAAUGACUAUUCACCUAAACUUAAAAGAAUGUGUGAGACAAUGGGAUAUUUUUUCCAUGCUAUAUAUUUUCCUCUAGAUACUGAAAAUCAAUACCUCAUUAUAAGAAAAUGGGAAAUUGAGAAGAGUUCAUUAGUUAUUUUAUUUGUUCAUUUAAGUUUACCAAGCCUCUUACCAGAAGACUGUGAAGAAGCUUUUCUGAGAAACCCCCAUGGCAAACCACGAUUAAUUUAUCAUCGUUUGAAGGAUGGAAAAGUCAGUUCUGACUCUGUCCAGCAACUGAUUGAUCAAGUUUCUAACCUGAGCAAGACCAACAAAGCCAAGAUCAUUGAGCACUCAGGAGAUCCCACAGAGGGAGUAUAUAAAACUUACAUCUCUGUAGAAAAAAUUAUUAAACAGGACAGCCUGGGCUUUGAGAACACAGACCUGGAGACAAAGGAUUUGGGCAAUGAAGAUUCUAUUCUAGAAGAAGAUGAUUUGGGUGAUGUUCUGUGGGACAUACGUGAUGAACAAGAGCAAAUGGAAGCUUUUCAACAGGCUACAAAUUCAGCCCAUGAGUUGGGAUUCAAGAAAUAUUACCAAUGCCUUAAUGACCUAGUGACAGCACCAGCACCAAUUCCACUCCUUCUUGUAUCUGGAGGACCAAGUUCUGGGAAGUCCCUUCUUUUCUCAAAGUGGAUUCAAUUACAACAGAGGAAUUCUCCUAACAUGCUAAUUCUUUCUCAUUUUGGGGGAGGUCCAUGUUAACCAGCUCAGUCUUCCUUGAUUAUUAAAAGACUAACUCUAAAGUUGAUGCAGCACUCUUGGUCAGUAUCUGCUAUGACACUGAAUCCUGCUAAGCUUCUGGAAGAGUUUCCACAUUGGCUGGAAAAACUAUCUGCCCAUCAUUAAGGCAGCAUCAUCAUCAUUAUUGAUUCUAUAGAUCAAGUUCAGCAAGUUGACAAACACAUGCAAUGGCUGAUCAAUCCACUUCCCGUGAACAUGAGAGUCAUUGUUUCUGUGAACAUGGAAACAUGCCCCCCAGCAUGGAAGUUGUGGCCUACACUUCAUCUUGAUCCCUUAAAUCCAAAAGAUGCAAAAUCUAUUGUAAUUGCAGAAUGCCACUCUGUAGACAUUAAAUUGAGCAAAGAACAGGAGAAGCAGCUAGAACGACACUGUUGUUCUGCUACAACCUGCAAUGCCCAUUAUGUCACCCUUUUCAGCAAAAUGAUUGCACAUGCUGGAAGAGCAGGCAAUUUAGACAAAAUCCUCCAUCACUGUUUCCAGUGUCAAGAUAUGAUUUCAUUAUAUAGACUUGUUCUGCAGUCUAUCCAGGAGUCCAUGGCACAUAAGAUGGAUAAAGAACUAAUGAAACAGAUUCUCUGCCUCAUAAAUGUUAGUCACAAUGGUGUGAGUGAGUCAGAAUUGAUGGAACUCUAUCCUGAGUUGUCCUGGGCUGUCUUGACCUCCCUUAAUUACAGUUUACACAAGAUGUGUUUGUUAACUUACUACGGCUGUGGCUUGCUCAAAUUUCAACAUGAACUGGCUUGGGAAACAGUGAGACUAGAGUACAUGGAAGGUCCCACCACUAUUUCUUAGGCAUAUAGGCAAAAGCUAAUCAACUAUUUCACAAAGCAGCUAAGUCAAGACCAGGUAACUUGGAGAAGUGCAGAUGAACUCCCGUGGCUUUUUCAGCAGCAGGGAAGUAAACAGAAGUUGCAUGAUUGCCUCCUUAAUCUCUUUGUGUCUGCUAACCUUUAUAAAAGGUAAGUUCCCCAGAAAAAUAGACUUAAACAGUUGUUCAAGGUAACAAAAAGAAAAAUGACUUUGAAAUUUAGCUUAAAUAUAAGACCUAAAACCAUAAAACCCCUGGAAGAAAAUUCAUAGGUGGUAAGCUGCUUGACACCAGUCUUAGUGAUGAUUUUUUGGGUCUAACACUAGCAAGAACUGCUAAUUCAUGCCCCCAUAUAUAAAAAUACGGCUUUUUAAAACUUUUAGAGGAUGACAGAUAUCCGUUGGUCUUAGGAACCAAAAAUUGGGUGCA